GAGUUUGGGUCAGGUCGUUUGCGGUGUGUCACGUGAUCCGAGUGAAAGGGAGCUUAAGAUAAAUAUGAAGCGAUAAACCAGGUAUAUAAUGUAAGUGUCGACAUUGCUGGGUAUAAACAGAGAUAAACGAUCACAUAAACUCAGUGAGCCGGUUAGUAAACGCGAGGUUGUGAACACCGACUGUGAAGGUCGUCUAAAUCUUGAGACACCGACGGCACCGGCACUCCGCCGCGCACAUCGGUGAUACAAAACGAACACCCACUUCACCACGGUUUCAGGAAGUUAGUCAGGUUUUGUUGUAUUGUUGCCACGGAACUCGUGCGGUGGGUUUUAAACCUACUAAGCCGUAUUUAUUGCCUUCAAAAAAUAUUGCUGUUUUUUUAUUAUCAUAUUUGCCUGUGCGGUAACCGGAUAUCAAGAUGCCACCUAAAAAGCGCAACUCUGGGACGACACAGAGCAAGGAGCUGAAGAGUGCUGAAAGUGCCUCUCCAGACAAGAAGGAGAGUCCAAAAUUAACGUUAUCUGCUAAAAAACACCGAGACAAGGAUGCUGAGUUUGUGACCCUGUGUAAGAGCCUUCAUGUGACAGACCUGGUGUGUGACCGUGCCUGGACGCUGUGGAAAACUGUUCAAGAUUCGAUGAAUGAAAUCGCUGACAGUGAGAAAAGGGUGUGGGGAGCUUGUCUCUUUGUGUCGGGGGCAGACAUGGAUGUCGCCUGUUUCACCUUAACCCAGGUUCUGAAAGAAGUCGGUCUAAAUGUAAAGCAGUUUGUGGAUCUGGUGAGGAAGUUAGAUGUAAACCUGGAUACAAUAAGUACAAAGGUGAAUUCAGCACUGACACGACUGGAGAAAAAGUAUAAUGUGACGCUGGCUCUCUACCAGCGAUUUGAGAAAACGUGCAAAAAAAUCUUUGCUUUGGUUUCUGAGGACCAGGAGAGGGAGACCAUGCGGAGCUGCUGGACAAUGUUUCUUUUGGCCAAAGGAAGGGCCCUGCAGAUGGAGGAUGACCUGGUCAUAUCGUUCCAGUUGCUGCUUUGUACACUGGAGUCAUUCAUCAAGCGCUGCCCUCCAGACCUUCUGCAGCCUCAUUACAAAUCCGCUAUUAGCAAAAUCCAAAGCCCUCCAACACGAACAUCACGCCGCAACCAGAGCAAAGCCAAAUUCCGACCUCCAGAGCCGGAGGUGGAUUUGCAGCUUCUGAAAACCUUGUGCGAAGAGAAUGAAUGCAAUGCAGAAGAGGUGAAGAAUGUAUACCAGACCAGUUUCUUGACUUUCCUGGACUCCCUGGAUUUUUCGAGAUCUUCAGAUUUUCCUCAGGCCAAUGACCUCAACCAACAAUAUGAAGAGCACUACCUAAAGAGUAGAGACAUCGAUGGACGGCUGUUUUUUGAUGGAGAUGAGACAGUUCUUGCUCCUAAAGUCGAAAUAUCACAGGUGGAGAGAACGCCGAAAAAGAACCUGCCAGAUGAAGAAGUACUCAUCCCUCCACAGACUCCAAUCAGAGCUGCUAUGACCUCCAUCCAGCAGUUGAAAGGUGAUCUCACCUCCAGUGGGGAUCAGCCAUCUACUAACCUGGCUACAUAUUUCAAAAAUUGCACCGUGGACCCAACGCAGGCUGUGCUGAAGAGGUUGGAGACGCUCGGGCAGGCGUUCAGCCAAAGGUUUGGCCAGGCAGUCGGCCCGCGCUGUGUAGUACUUGGUUGGCAGAGAUUUAAACUCGGCGUCAGACUGUAUUAUAAAGUCAUGGAGGCAAUGCUGAAAUCGGAAGAGAAGCGACUGUCUGUACAAAAUUUCAGUAAACUCCUCAAUGACUCCACAUUCCACACAUCGCUGCUGGCCUGUGCUUUGGAAGUGGUGAUGGCAACAUAUGGAGAGAGCAGUUUUAAAACUGGGGGAUACAACCAUGGUGGUGGUGAUCCAGUUGAAACUGACGUGUGUUUCCCCUGGAUAUUGGACGUGGUCAACCUGGCUGCUUUUGACUUCUACAAAGUCAUUGAGAGUUUCAUCAAGGCCGAGCCCACUCUGAGCAAGGAUAUCGUCAAACAUCUGGAGACCUGCGAGAAUCUCAUCAUGGAGAGGAUAGCAUGGAGGACGGACUCCUCGCUGUUUGAGCUGCUGAGACAGGAGCAUGAGGGCGGAGCAGCAGAGCAGGUGGAGACCCCAGCCAGUUUCAGUCAACCACUGCAGCACAACCACACGGCAGCUGACCUAUACCUGUCCCCCAUGCGUCCGGGCCUUCGUGUUUUGCCUCCCGAGUCCCCAGCCACACCCAGCUCUCAAGCGGCCUCUCAGCCACCGUCUCAGCCUGCCGGCCAGACUCCACGUCACCAAAAGUCCAACUCUCUCAGCCUCUUCUAUAAAAAAUUGUACCGCCUGGCCUACAUAAGGCUGAAGAUACUCUGCUCCUACCUGCUGUCCUCCCACCCUGAACUGGAGCCCAUCAUAUGGACCCUGUUCCAGCACACUCUGCAGCACGAGCACGAGCUGAUGAGAGACCGCCACCUCGACCAGUUGAUGAUGUCAGCCAUGUAUGCCAUAUGUAAAGUGAAGAGUGUUGAUCUGCGCUUCAAGACCAUUGUCACAGCGUACAAGAACAUGCCCAACACCAACCAGGAGACCUUUAAGCAUGUGUUGAUCACUGAGGGCCACUAUGACUCCAUCAUUGUCUUCUACAACCAAGUGUUCAUGCAGAAGCUGAAAACCAACAUCCUGCAGUAUGCGUCUACUAGGCCACCCACCCUCUCUCCAAUCCCACAAAUACCACGCAGCCCCUACAAGUUCCCCAAUUCACCUCUACGAGUGCCUGGGAGCAACAACGUGUAUAUCUCCCCUCUGAAAAGCCCGCGCAUGUCCCCGGGUAUCAUGACUCCUCGCUCCAGAAUGCUGGUAUCAAUCGGUGAAUCUUUCGGGCUGUCCAAUCGGUUCCAGAAGAUCAACCAGAUGGUCAACAGCAGCGAUCGGUCCCUUAAGAGGAGUCUGGAUCUCGGCUCCACUCCAAAGCCUCUGAAGAGGUUACGGUUCGAUGUGGACGGGCAAGAUGAAGCCGACGGCAGCAAAUCUGGAGGCGAUUCUACACUUAUACAAAAGCUUGCAGAGAUGAGCUCCACCCGGAGUCGCAUGCAGGAGCAGAAGAUGAAGGAGGACGCAGAAUCAAGGAAGAAGUAACCCUAAAACCUACUGAACUGACCUGCACUGUUUAUCACAACGUGAACACUACUUAUUGUUCACAUACAAAGUGAAACAAGAGUUUUUCUGUACAUGUAGUAUUGGUUUUUAGUUUGUAUUUAACUUUGUCUUUGAGGAGUAUUAUGUAAAUGUAGAGGACUUUUUCAUCUUUUUGUGUUGAUUUUUUGAGUGUUUUAACUGAAUAAUGAUAGACGCCGUUGACUUUCAUUUUUGACUUGUUUGAGAUUAAGUGUUUGGUUUUUAGAGUUAUAUUAAUUUGUGGGUGUUGUUACGUUAUUUUUUCACUCUCAAAUUUUCUCAAUUGUCUUGAGAGUUGUUCAGAUAAAUUGAUGGCUUGCUUGUUAAAUAAUUGGUUGAGUUUUACCAACAUCAGGAAGCUCAUAUGUUGACCUUUCUGUUUUUGACAGAUUCUUCUUUCAAAUUUUGACAUUUCAAAUGUUUCAAUCAUGAUGCAACAUUUUACAUGUUAAAUCAUGAUCACUCUCCCCAAAAAAGACAAAAUGUUGGCUUUAGAGGCAAAAGGAUGUCUUUUCACACCGCAGUUUUACUUUUAAAGUUAUGUUUUACUUUGGAAUUUGCUUGGAUUGCUUGGAAAAGUUUAGGAAAAAAAAUGGAAUAUCAAGGAAAAUUAUACAGUAUAUUAUUUGAACCUCAACCAAAACUCAUGCUCUUUCAUAGGACUUGGUUGACAGGUAAUGCUUCUCUUUGUGCGUAGUUUUUUUUCUUACUUUUGUUUGAAAUACACACCAUACAUCACAUUUCUAAGAAGUGGGUUGGGGGGGGGGGGGGGAUACAGCAAUGAAUACACACCACGUAGAGCAUUAAUAUGUGGGCUUCACUCCAGAAAAGUAAAAUAUCGCUCCAAAUGUCAAUUACCAGAGUUUUAUAUUAAAAUGUGUUUAUAUUGUGCUUUAUUGAAGUAGUUUCUUGAAAAUGUAGAAAAUAUUUGUUUUGACAAUGUUUUUGUUUUGCGUGGACGUCACCACAUGUAGGUAUUGUUGUCUUUGCUGAUCAGGGCCCCGAUUGUUGCCUUUCCGGGCCGACAGCAGGCGAUGCCAGUAGGUAGGGAUUAACGAGCUGAUAGGCCGAGGAGCAUCAUAACGUUGACUUAUGCAUUUUCUUUUUUGCUUUUAGAGAGGGCUGUUGUGGUUUUUCCAGUUUUAUACACUGUUAUGCUAUCAGAUUUUUUUUGGAUUGUGUUUUGUCUUGAAACACUUUAUAGAGAGUUGUUCUUAUCAUGAAACCCUUUUCUAAAAAUAUUAUAUGAGGGUUGUGGUUAUGAAACCGAAACAUGACAAAAUUGAGUGCUUCUUUCUCAGGAUUCACAAGCCAAAUUUGUCAUUUCUUGUGGGCAAGCUAUUGUCCAGGGCCCUGUUUGCCUUCUCUAGGCUAAGAUGAUGAUUAAAUCCAUUUUAAGAAA